UUGUUCCAUGGGACACACUUGCGUUUUGAGUUUUGUCUGAAGACAAAACAUAAAGGGGUUUGAUUCAUUGACCAGAAACCACAGAGACAGAAGAUCAAGGGGCAAAGACUUUGUUGGUGUUUGGUUUCUCAGCUUCUAUCCCAUCAAUUAAUAAUCAGGUGGUAGAAAAUGGAUUGCAGAUGGUACAUUGAUAAACAGGAAACAAGCACCCACAAUGAACAGCAACUUGACAGAGAGCAGGACUCGCUUAUUGAGGAUUUCACAGAGGAUUUUCGGUUGCCGAAAAAUCACAGACCCACUGAAAAUGUUGAUCUCGACAAUGUUGAACAAGCAUCGCUGGACACAAAAUUGACAGCAUCAAACGUUGGUUUUAGGCUUCUCCAGAAAAUGGGAUGGAAAGGAAAGGGUCUUGGAAAGGACGAGCAAGGAAUCAUCGAGCCUAUAAAGUCUGGAAUUAGAGAUCCAAAGUUAGGAAUUGGAAAACAAGAAGAAGAUGAUUUUUUUACUGCAGAAGAAAAUAUUCAGCGAAGGAAACUUGACAUCGAGGUUGAAGAAACUGAGGAAGACACAAAAAAGCGGGAGGUAUUAGCUGAACGGGAGCAGAAAAUUCAAACUGAGGUGAAAGAGAUAAGGAAGGUGUUCUUUUGUGAUCUUUGCAACAAGCAAUACAAAUUGGCGAUGGAAUUUGAAGCUCAUCUGAGUUCAUACGAUCAUAAUCAUAGAAAGCGAUUUAAGGAAAUGAGAGAGAUGCAUGGUACAAGCAGUCGUGAUGAUCGGCAAAAGCGGGAACUACAACGACAGGAGAGGGAGAUGGCUAAGUUUGCACAGAUGGCAGAUGCUCGUAAACAGGAGCAGCAGCUGCAGCAACAGGAAGAAUCUGGAUCUGCUCAGCAGAAAAGUGCAACUGCACUUGUGGAUCAGGAUCAGCGGAAGGCAUUAAAAUUUGGGUUUUCUUCUAAAGGGGGCUUUUCAAAGAACUCCUCUGCCAAAGCUGCAAAGAAGCCGAAAUCAGCUGUAGCCUCUGUUUUCAGCAAUGAUAGCGAUGAAGAACAGUGAAGUUCAGCUGUGCACUGUGCAUCUGUAAUUCAAUACUGUGCCUUGGAAUACUCAAGGUCUUUAUAUUUUACGCAUUUCAAAUGACAUGCUCUUGUGUUUUUAAACACUUGCCGCAUAUGUAAUGAAGACGGUUUAAAAGGGGAGAUUGGAAACUCUUAUGAAUUGACUACUGGCAUGUAAACUCAUGAUUUUGCGAAUAAAAAUCUACUCUGUUGAAGAAA